AUGAGAAAUAUAAUACCAGCACCAACUAUUGAUGAAGUUUUAUCAAUGCUGAAUAGGAGUUACCGUGAAUCUCCUACUGGUCAAAGAGACCGAUCAGCAUCUCCAGACCGAAGAACUCCUAGCAGAAGAGACGAAACUACUAAUCGAAAUAAUGUGAAUAAAACAAAUAAUACGGGUAAAAAUUCAAGCAAUAACACAAAUAAUGUGAGUGAGAAUUUAAGUGGAAAUUUAAAUAAUGCAACAUACUCAUCGUCAUCUGAGUUAGCAAAUAUGAUCUCAAAACUUAAUACAUCUACAUCACGGAGUGAUAGUGAUCUUAGUAUACCUGAUGUUAGAGAUAGUUAG